AUGGGGAUUUCUUGGGAAGCGAAGAUUCUGGAGAGUGUAGGGAUAUUAGGUCAAAAACUUUCAGAGAAGAGGAAGAAGAAAAAGGCGGAAGAGGGAGAAAAAAGCAAAGGGAGAUGGAGGAAGCGUGGGCGAUGGCCCCCCCUCCCGCUACUUCCCAUCCUCGACGCGGCAAUGAAUCUGGAGAAACCCCUUCUCGCAGAAACAUAUCAUCUUCUCACAGAGAAAGAGCACCCUCCUGGUACAGAAAGAAAGUCUACCCCUGCUCGUUCUGAACCUAAAACACACCAUCCCGCUCCCUCUCGCACAGAUGCACCACAACUUGCCGCGGCCCCUCGUAAGGAUAAGACACCUGCCAGAGGGAAAGAGAGCGAGGAUAGUAAUGUUAAAGCCAUGUCUGACUUAAAUCUAUCAGGAAAUUCCUCCAAGGAACCAGUCAGUAACAAAGCUGGAAAAGCACCCGAAUCCAACGCCCCAGGCCGUGGUAGCAGUGCUAGUCAAGUCCCACAACUUAAUCCUGGCUCCCCGAAGUGUUACAAAGUCAUACCUGAUGUUCAUUACAAAUUCUCAAAAUUCGCCAACAACUAUAAGGACAGAUCGUUACACGGCGUCGGUCGCUUGUGUGCCAACUUCUAA